AUGCUUUUCAAUGGGGAUGUUUGUAAGAUAGGCGACUGGGUCCUCGCAGCAAAGGGCACUCAGGCAGUGGAACGGUCUCCGAUUGUAGCGUGUUUUCUUAUUCAGCACCAAGACUCAGACGCAGAUAAACUUCUGCAUCCAGAUGCAAUUCUUCUGGAAUGUGGAAUUGUUGGCGAACCGGCAGUGUCCUCCUCCAUGCCUACUGUCAGGGCACAUGGUAGUUUUUUACUCUAUCCUAUUGAGCAAAUUUUAUGUGCAGCAAAUGUGCAGCAUCAAUGCCAAGCACACAAUUGCAAAGAUUUUGCUUCUGACAUUGAGUUCAUUUAUGAAGAACGGGUGAAGACAUCAAAAGCAAAGACUGUAAUAUGUCAUGUCAGGGACCCUGAUGAUCUCAUUCUCAACACUGCAUGGAUGCACAAUGCAAAGCACAUGCAGGGCCUUUGGGUACCUGUUCAGCCACUAGACAUGAACCUUGCGAUCCUUGAGGGUGCUGCAAGGGAGAUUCGGACACACAAUGACACCACAAGUGGAGCUUCCAUGACAUCUACAGCAGCACAUGCACCACAUGGACAAGCCACGAGCGUUUGCAUCCUUCGAGUUAUCUGGCCCACCCUGCGGUUCCCAGCGAGGAAGUCCUUCAACUCCAAGAGUUUGCUGCUGAGCCCUACUGCUAGCUUACUGCAUGCUACUGGAUCCCCACCUUCAAGUUCACGUCAACCACAUAUCGACCCAAAUCUAUUUGCAGAUGAAUUGUCUGCCCUCUUUGUGGACACUCUCACAAACCAGUUCAGCUUUGGCGAUGCAGAACAAGACUUGCAGAAAAACCUACAUGGUUUUGCAAGGCUCGGUCAUGGUCUGAGCAAAUCUGAUCUUGCAACCAGAACAUAUCUUCUUGGCAGUAUAUUUUGCAUUCUCAAAGAACAACGCAAGAUCGCUGCUUCUCAUCAGUCAACACAGAACCUUCUCGCUGAUUUGCAAAUCUGUCUUGAAACUACAUUCUCACUUAGUCCUGAGCAAUGA